CAAGCUGUGCCCAGUGCAGCAGCACCACGGCGUCCAAGUGCAGGAACUGGAGCCGGUAAGAAAACCACACCAUCACCGACGAAGCCAACUGCACCGUCGAAUGGCUCUGCGGCCCAGAAAUCGCCCGACAGCGACUCGAAACCGGCACCGAUUCGUAAGCCGACACCCACUGGUACAGCAGCAAAACCGAAAGAUGAGCCGAAGAAAGCGAAACCUGCGGCGGCUGCAGCAGCAGCAGAAGCAGUAACAACUCCACCGGAUUCGACAACCUCGGCGACUCCAGCUGUUCCCAUUCAACCGGACAGCACCGAAACGGUUCCGACUCCAGAGCCUCAGGUAGAAUCUCAGCACGAACCUGAUGCACAGCAGCAGCCGGGCGCAGAAGCCGAAAAGCAACAGACUCAAGAGGAUGAGCAUAAAGUCGACGACAACAUGAAUGCAGUAGCGCCUCAACUUCCAGAAGAGCCUGAGGUAAAACCCCCCGAGCACGUGGAUAUGGACGCAGAAGCACAACCAAAACAUCAAGAGGAUGGUGUGCUCGACGAUAACGCGAAUAUAAACGAUCAAUUCGUCGAAGAACCUGAAGUGAAACUUGAGCGUGUGUUGCCCACUGAAGCUGAAUCAGAUGCUGCCCACGAUACGCAACCACCGUUGUUAUCCGAGCAUGAACCGGAGAUGCCACUCAAAGAUGACCAAGGAGACGCUGAUUUACGAUCCAGUCAUGAAUCUGAGCCACCAGCAAAACCCGAACAUGAUGAGAUGCUAGCAGAGUCGGCAUUACCAGAAUUUGAGAAACCAAUCGAACAUCAUCCUGAACCAACAGCACCG